UCAGCAGGAUGGAGGAGGUGGCACAGUGUGCGUGAUUAUGGCGGCCACAUUGUUGCGGUGCCUAAGGGGUCUUCGCGCCAAACUGCUGCAGCGUUACAAGCACCAAUCCUUUGUGUCGUGUCUGUCUGGUUUGUACAGCUGCCAGUGGAGACGCAGCGAGAGGAGCAGUGCUCAGCCUGGAGACUGUUGCUGCAAUAAGUUGGAAGGCGCCAGCUUUGCUCUGCUCGUAGUGGCUUUUUGCUUAACGCUGGUGUUUGUCUACUUCUGGGGACAAGCAAAGAACGACUACAAUGACUUUGACUGGUUUAACUUUGGGAAUCUGGGCUUCUGGUUUCCCUGGUCUGUGGUGCUGCUGGUCGUCGCUGCAGGCUUCUUCACCUACGUCGCUGUGCUCGUGCUGCUGGCUGUGUGUUUACUGUCAGAGGGCCAGAAGCUCCAUUUACACUGGAGUCACAAGAUUGGGAUCCUGGUGAGCCUGACGUUCUCCAUCACAGCCACUGCCGUCUUAUCUGACCUGUGGAGUGAUGAAUGGACGACGUUGGUGCUUUCUUUCCAGGUAACGGCACCUUUCUUACAUGUGGGUGGAGUGUUACUGAUGACAUCACUUGCUUGGCCAGUCGCUUUGCAUUUCUUUCGUAUGAAGAGCAGAGUAAGGCGGGGCCUGAUCCUGGGAGUCUACCUGACCAUUCUGUCAGCUCUCUACUUGGUGCCCCUUGGUUUGGAUUCUCCUUGUAUCAAAGAGGAGGGGACACUCGGCCCUGCACCAGCCCUCAUCGGCCACAGAGGAGCUCCUAUGCUUGCUCCAGAAAACACACUGAUGUCAUUUGAGAAGGCAGUGGAAGCUGGAAGUGAUGGCCUGGAGACGGACGUCACCAUUAGUUUUGAUGGGAUUCCUUUCCUAAUGCACGACCGCACUCUACGACGGACCACCAAUGUCCACAAGGUUUUCCCAAACCGGACCGACACCUUGGCUGCCAUGUUCACCUGGAGUGAACUGGAGAGUCUGAAUGCUGGUUCCUGGUUCCUCUCCCAUGAUCCGUUUGGUACAGCAAGCUCUCUGGGAGCUGAGGACCGGCAGCGGGCAGGAAAUCAGUCGGUGUGCAGCCUGCAGGCCUUCCUCCAGCUGGCAGCUCAGACGGACAAACUGGUGAUCUUUGACCUGUACCGUCCGCCUAGAGGCCACCCAUACAGAGACGGCUGGAUCCAUCGAACGUUGGAGGUCAUCCAGAACGAGUCGUCCAUUCACUCCUCACAGGUGCUGUGGCUGCCUUCAGACCUUCGCUCUCUGGUGCAGGAACUUGAUCCUGAGUUGCAUCAGACUUCAGGCAGUCAGCUCCCUCUAGAGGAGCUGCAGCGUCAACACAUCGUCAAGCUCAACCUGCACUACAGCUCCAUGUCCACGCAGCUCAUCAGUGAGUAUGCUGCAGCAAACAUCACCACCAACCUGUAUGUGAUUAGCCAGCCGUGGCUCUACUCUCUGGCCUGGUGUACUGGAGUCCACUCAGUGGCCACCAAUGCCCCACAGCUCCUCGGCACCAUGAGUGCCCCGUUUGUCCUCAUGAGUCCAGCUGACUAUAACCUGAUGUGGAUUCUCACUGAUGUGGUGUCCUUAGUGCUGAUCUUCAUCAUCUUCUUCUUUCACAGAUGGCGAGAGCGAGGACUGGCUUUCUGCUCAGACAGUAAAGUCACGCUGGACAACGGCACUUACAGCAAAUUUAAAACAGAGAUGAGUGACAUCUGGUCGGUCUCCAGUGCCAACUCCCAACACGAGAAGAUAGCCAACCUGGCAACCGUAACCAAACACUAACAUCUGCCUCCGCUGAGCUGCACACUGCCGACAUGUAAGACCUCAGUGAAACACUUCAUCACACCCCAUUUGUCUUGAAGUGGCUGUAACAUCAUCAGCGUUCUGCACAGAAGUCAAAUGUUCCUCUCAGGUUGAUUGUUAAGUGAUUUUACCUCAGAAACUAAAGCGUUUAGCUACAGCUAGCCUGUUGUUGACUAAAGUUAACUAAACUGAACUACCAGAAUCGCUGAAGCUCAGUAAACCUGUUGAAUCUUUGUGCGUUAACUCCGUCCGGCAGCCGCUGUUUUAGGCUGAUCAUUUUACAAACCUCCACUUAAACCUGCAGUGAGGAACUUCUGUCGCCCCCUUCUGGAAGCGGGGGAAAUUGCACAAACACAAGUGCUUGUGAGGUAUGACUCACUGUUAGACUGGAAUCCUUCCUCUGAAAUCUGAGUUUCUUUUAUAUCUGCAGCAUCACGAACUUUUCUUGGAUGCUUCCUUGGUUUUCCCACCGUAUUUGUAGUUGAUUUAUCCUCCAACUCCAGCAUACUGCAAAACUGGUUCAAUCAGUACUAAGGGAAUUUGUUUGGCUUGAAUGUAACAGACAUUCAUUUAAAUGUUGAAGUGUUGCAUUCCAGCUUUUGCAAUGCCGCAUGUAACCAUCACAGAAUUAUGAUAAAUGGCCUAAAGUGAGGAAGACACUUGUACUAUUACAUUUAUCCUCAUAAAUCUCUUCGUUUAGUCCUCUCAUGAAAUGAGGACAACUAAAAUAUGGUUGUUAAACUCAUAAUUUUCUUGGUUCAUACAAGUGUAUGAAAAUUUCAGGUUGAUAUGUAGAAGUAGGGUUGGACAGUAGGGGGUUAAAUCCAUGAAAAACCAAACCAAAAGCGUGAAGGCAAAACACUAAUGAUUCUUAUUAAAAUAUGAAAUUCAUCUCUUUUAUCGUUCAGCGAGGUUCUCUGCCUACUAAAAUCACUUGCAUUUACAUAAGUGUGGCCCAUUUUAAAAAGAAGCAAAGCUCCAUGUGCUCUUUGUAAAAUGUCAUUUAUUCACUGCUACAUAAAGAUACGUGGUCACAUCCAAAAAAACAAAAAACAAAAACUGAUUAUGACUUGAUGCUUAAAAAUCAAUUCUAACUGUUCACAUAUUUAGCAAAAAAAA